CGAGCCUGGCCUUUACCGUACUAUCAUGUGGGUCGUAGGACUUACAGGAGGCAUUGCGACUGGCAAAUCAACCGUCUCUGCGUUGCUGCGCGACAAGGGCGUUCCCAUCGUUGACGCCGAUAUCAUAGCCAGAAAGGUCGUCGAGCCUGGUACGACAGGGCUCAAACAAAUUGUCAAACACUUUGGAGAGGAGGUGUUGUUCCCUGAUGGAUCCCUGGACCGGAAGAAGUUGGGCUCGGUCGUCUUCAACGACGAGUCGAAGCGGAAGAGGUUGAAUGCGAUUCUGCAUCCUGCUAUUCGUCGGAUGAUGGUCUGGGAGGUGGUCAAGCACUGGCUUGGUGGACGGAAGUAUUGUGUUUUGGAUGUGCCGCUCCUCAUUGAAGGGCCUAUAUGGAAGUGGGUCGCCCAGGUCGUCGUGGUAUACUGUCCCGAGGAGAUACAACUUGAGCGAUUGAUGCAGCGUGACGGUUCAACGCGAGAAGAUGCCUCUGCCAGAUUAUCGUCCCAACUGCCUGUCAGCGACAAGGUGAAGUACGCGGACGUUGUGAUCGACAACUCGAGCACCAGGGAGAACCUUGAAGGACAGGUUACCGCGUUUGUUCAGAAAUUGGAGAAGGCUGUUGGGUGGAGCUGGAUGCUGAGCUGGUUGGUUCCGCCGUAUGGUAUCCUGUCAGCGGCGUGGAUAUUGACCAGGCGAGCAAUUUCGAGGAAGACCAAGGCCAAUUAAAAUCAUCAAUCGAAUGGCCCGGCAGAUUUUCGAAUAUUCCUAAGACAGCGGCCGUCGCAAGCAUUAUCAGAACUAUAUAGUUGCACAACCAUGCGCUCUCGCUUGAUUCUUUCCUAUUGACAGUGUAUGAAGCCGCUUUGCAGAAUUUUCAUGUAUAAUAACGUUAAACUUCGAGGUAUCCUCUGAUAUCUUGCGUGACAAGCGGAACCCACGCCAGGUUCAGUACCCGUUCGCUCUUACGCCUUAAGCUUAAGUGGCAUGAAUACCAUUAUCAUGAUCAAAGCAUGCUACCUCCGCACACUGUCAGGUAUCUAUCAAUGUCGUUUCUACAUCUGAAAUCUGAUGCUCUCCCGUACGUUUGGACCAUGCAUAUGAUGGUGACCCGGUGCUAUUCUUUCAGCG